CUUUAACCACUGCGCAUUCUGUAAAUUUCCUUUGCUUUUCUCACAAGUGAAACCGACUCUUGCUUUUGCUCUUGUUGAUUUGUAUGUUUACUCAGCUCUCAUUCCAUUUGCAAAGGAGAAAUAGGAACUUGGAGUAAACGGACCAACAUAGAUCACAGGAAGCUUGCAAAGGCGAUCAUAUCUGAAGCUUGUUUUGAUAGGAAACCAUGGCUCUGGAAGUUGUGGGUGGAGCUUUUCUCUCUUCUUCUCUUGCUGUUCUGUUUGAUAGGAUGGCUUCCCGUCCGGUUGUUGACUUCAUCCGAGGAAAGAAGACCACCGCUGGGCUGCUCCAGAAGUUGAAGAUGAAGUUGUUGUCGGUUAAUACGUUGCUUGAUGAUGCAGAGGAGAAGCAACUCAGAAACUCUAGAGUAAGGGAUUGGCUUAGUGAGCUUAAAGAUGUUCUCUAUCAUGCCGAUGACCUGUUGGAUGAAAUCAAGACUGAAACUCUGCGUUGCAAGAUGGAAGGAGAUGAUUCUGGAAGCAGCCGCACAAAUCAGGUACUCGAGUUUAGUUCUAUUUCCAUUCAUGAACUUGACAAAAGUCUGGAACCCAGGAUAUUGGACAUUCUUGACAGGUUAGAACUUAUUGUCAACGAAAAAGAUGUGCUUGAUUUGAAAGAGGGUGUUAAAGAUAGACCACAAGGAAGACUGCUCACAACUUCUUUGGUAGAAGAGUCUAGUGUAUAUGGAAGGGAUGAAGAAAAGGAGGCCAUUAUCAAGUUAUUGUUAGCGGAUGGUGUGACUGGAAAUAAGACGGAUGUGCUUCCAAUUGUGGGCAUGGGUGGGCUUGGAAAGACCACUCUUGCUCAACUCGUAUACAACGAUGACAGAGUCAAGCAACAUUUUGACCAUCAAUCAUGGUCUUGUGUUUCAGAAGAAUUUGAUGUCAUCAAAAUAACCCAGACAAUUUACGGGGCGGUCACUUCACAAACUAGUAACAUCACAGAUCUAGAAGUGCUUCAAGUUAAACUAAAGAAGACGUUGACAGGGAAGAAAUUUCUCUUUGUUCUUGAUGAUGUUUGGACUGUGAAUUUAAUGAAGUGGGAUCUCUUGAGCCGACCCUUUGAGAGUGGUGGUCAUGGAAGUAAGAUCGUUGUCACAACACGUGAUGAAGGUGUCGCAUGCAGGAUGGGUACCCUUCAAAGUAGACAUCUAAUGCAAUUAUCUGAGGAAAAUUGCUCGUCGUUGUUCUCAAAGUAUGCCUUCAAGAAUGCAGGUGUUACUAAAGAUCCGUCGCUUGAAGUGAUUGGAAAACAGAUUGCUCAAAAGUGUAAAGGACUCCCUUUAGCUGCAAAAUCACUUGGGGGUCUUUUACGUUCCGAACCAAAUAUUGAGAAAUGGAAAGAAAUAUUGAACAAUGACAUAUGGGAGUUGCGAGAUGAAGAGAACGACAUUUUACCCGCUCUAUGGUUGAGCUACCAUUAUCUACCUCCACAUCUGAAGCGUUGUUUUGCUUACUGUUCCAUAUUUCCUCAAGAUUAUGAGUUUCAGAAAUCGGAUCUGGUUUUGUUGUGGAUGGCUGAAGAUCUCUUACCACUGAAAUCGAAGAUUACAGUUGAAGAAGUCGGAGAUAAGUACUUUGAUGAUCUAGUGUCGAGAUCAUUUUUUCAACAUGUACCACAGCAGUAUUCUCACUAUUCUGUUGAGCCAAUUUUCACAAUGCAUGACCUUAUACAUGACUUAGCAAACUUUGUCUCUGGAGAGUUCUGUAUUAGGUUGGAGAACAAUGACUCAGUAUUGGAAAAUGUCAGCAAGACACGCCACUUAUGGUGUGUGAAUGCAUCUGCCGUAAUUGAUCAAUGGGACAGUUUGUGUGAAGCCAAGUAUUUGCGAACCUUUCUAGUACUGUCAAAAUAUCAGUACGUACGUGUACGUCCCAACUUAGAUUUUGAUAUAUUCCUGAAGCUUCAAUGUUUAAGAGUGCUCAAUUUAUCAAGGCACGAAAUUGGUGGGCUGCCUAGUUCAAUUAGCAAGUUGAAGCAUCUAAGGCACUUGGACUUGUCUUGGACAUUAAUUAAAAAGUUACCUGAUGAAAUGUGUACUUUAUAUAAUUUACAGACGCUGUUGUUGUUCUAUUGUAAAUCCCUAGUUGAGUUGCCAACUGAUUUGGGAAGAUUAAUCAACUUGCGUCAUCUGGAUAUUAGAGGCACAAAGAUAGAAAAGAUGCCACCAAGGAUGGGCAAAAUGAAAGAUCUCCAGACAAUAAGAGGUAAGUUCGUCCUAGACAAAUACACUGGUGGUAACAUUGUCGAGAUUAAAGAGCUUCAGCAGUUGCGCGGAAAACUAUGCAUCUCGGGGCUUCGCAAUAUUGCGCAUGUCACAGAUGCCUUGGAGACCAAUAUGAGGAAGAAGAAGUAUUUGGAUGAAUUAGUUUUGGAAUGGGGAGGCAAGUCUGGUGACACCGACGAUACGCAAAAAGAUAGAGAUGUGCUGGAGAACCUCCAACCUCAUACAAACCUAAAAAAACUCGAGAUUCGAUCUUAUGGCGGCACAAGAUUUCCAGGUUGGUUGGAAGAUCUUUCUAGUUUAUCUAAUCUGGUUCAUCUUCGACUUCUGGAUUGCGGAAAUUGUUUGUCCUUGCCAUCAGUUGAGCAGCUACCCUCCCUCCAAGAGCUUGAGAUUGAAGGAUUAAUUAAUGGAGUGGUGACUGUGGGUUCUAAGCCUUUUCCUAAUCUUCGUAAGCUUCGUCUGAAAUCUUGUCCCGAGGUAACCGGGGCAUUCAUGUUAGCCUGCUUCCCAAAGCUUGAAAGCCUCACACUGGACAAUGUCAAUGUAGAAUCUCUUCAUUCCACUACACUACUCCUCUCCCUUGUCAAACUCAGAAUAUCUUCAUGCCCAAAUUUUGUUUGUUUUCAAGAUGGAGGGCUGAAUGCGCCCUACUUGGAGACCAUCGAAGUCCAUAAAUGUUCGAAACUGAGGUCAUUGCCGCAACACAUGCACAACCUUCUCCCAUCUCUCUGGUUGUUCUUCGUAGAUGAUUGUCCAGAAUUGGAAUCAUUUCCCGAAGGGGGAUUGCCGUCUAAGUUGAAAUACUUGUACAUCUGGCGCUGCAAGAAACUCAUUGGAAACCGUAUGCAGUGGGGUCUACCAACACUCACCUCUCUUGAGUUCUUGUGGGUCGACUUGAGGGGAUGUGAACAAGUUGUAGAUUCAUUUCCAGACGAGGGGCUGCUGCCCCCCACUCUCUCACAACUCAGUAUCCACGGUAUUUCGAAGCUGGACGGCAAGGGGUUUACACAACUCACCUCUCUUAAACAUUUGGAAAUUCACAAUUGCCCUGAACUCCAGUGCUUGCCAGAUGAAGGGCUACCCACUUCCUUUUCUUAUCUGCACAUCGUAAAUUGUCCUUUACUGGAACAACGUUGCCAGAGAGAGACAGGGGAAGAUUGGCCCAAGAUUGCUCACAUCGAGUACAUUUCUAUCAAUAACAAACGUAUAUGAUAUGCAAUGGCUCCAGGUGCUUUGUAACUACCUAAUCAGAUGAUUCCACUGCUAAGUCUCUGGAUAGAAAUUUCCUGUCGAUGUUGGACAAGCUUACUUAAAACUUCCCUUUCGUCUGAACUUAUGCUGUGGUUUUUAUGCUGCUAGACCUGUUGUGGUUUUUAUGCUGCUAAACAAAGCUUCCAUCUCGUAUGUGGUUUCUUGCAUGAUAAUGAAACUGUCCAAUCACUUUGGCUGCACAUACAUUGCCGUAUUGAAGCUAAUCCUGCCUGGAGAUGGUCAUUUGACCAGUCAUGUAAGGAUCCGAUGUUGGAAGUCACUGAUUCCCAGAAGAUGGAGGAACGCCAUGCUUGUGAAUCACUUUUAGUUAUAUUUUCAAGGGCUAAAUACUGUUUACCACCCUGUGGUAUGGACAUCACAUCAAUUCAGUCCCUCGACUUUCAAUUUCAUCAAAAA